UGUGAUCUGCCAGUCCCGGGCACUAGCCCUAGCAACAGCAACAACACCGCCGCCCCCUCAGCCCCUCGCCCCCUCUCCAGCCGGGGCAGCCUGAGUGCGGAGUGUGGGACAACCAAGGCACCAGCAAACCAGGGAGAAGAUGCCGUUCCACCCUGUGCACACCGGCCUCCUGUACAAAGGCAAUUACCUGAGCGGCUCACUGUCCGAUGGCAGCGACAUCGAGCAGUUGGCUAACAUUUCUGAAGAGGAGCUCGAGGAAAUAAGAGAAGCCUUUCGAGUUUUGGAUCGUGAUGGCAAUGGUUUCAUUUCCAAGCAAGAACUGGGCAUGGCGAUGAGGUCCUUGGGUUAUAUGCCCAGUGAGGUGGAACUGGCGAUCAUCAUGCAACGGCUGGACAUGGAUGGUGAUGGGCAAGUGGACUUUGAUGAAUUCAUGACGAUACUCGGCCCUAAACUAUUGUCAUCUGAGGUGCGGGAAGGUUUUCAUGGCAGCACAAUAGACUCCAUAUUUUGGCAGUUUGAUAUGCAGAGGAUUACACUGGAAGAACUGAAGCACAUAUUAUUUCAUGCAUUUCGGGACCAUUUGACAAUGAAAGAUAUUGAGAACAUCAUCAUUACUGAGGAGGAAAGUCUGAAUGAAAGUUCAAGUAACUGUCAUACUGAAUUUGAAGUGCAUUCACAGAAGAAGAACAGACAGACGUGUGUGAGGAAGAGCUUGAUCUGCGCAUUUGGUGUGGCUUUCAUCAUCAGUGUCAUGUUGAUUGCAGCAAAUCAAAUUCUCAGGAACGGCAUGGAAUAGCUACCUUACCAAUCAGCAACUAUUGGCAUGAACUGGCUUUGCACGGAUGCCAUUCAUUGGGUAACCUCCAGCAGACUCCUGGAUUAGGAUCACAGGGUGUUGUAAAUAAGAGUAGAAUAUAUUUCUACUAGGAACAUG